UGAGUGUCCUUACAUUUAUACGGGAGGAGGAUUCAAGGAGGUACUACUGCCAGCCGGCCUGCCAGAUCGCCACGUACGAACGUCGAAAGCAAGACAAUUUCGCGACGACGAAGACCGCGACGAAGCCUACGACGAAACCUAGGCGCAAGAAGCCAACCGCGUCUGCCCUCUAUGAGCAAAGGAUCUCAUUUUCACCUCUUAGUGGUAUAGACACUUGCGGCGCUCCUUCCAGCACGACCAAUGCCGACGCGCCCCAGACAUUCGAAACCGCUAAACCAGUGCAGCACCAAUUCAACUUCCGCUUCAGGGCUUCAAAAUUCUCUGCUUCCGUUCCUGAAGCAACCGCAACACGCGACGACGUAGUUGAGAGGGACCCGGGUAUGGUGGAGGGAGCCACGGAUUUCGUUGGUGGAGAAUUCGGUGGCGCUGAAGAACCAAAGCCAACCGCAUCCCCUCUCCCUGCCACGAAAGCAGAAGAGCCCCCGCGAACUAGUGCCGAGCACGUCGAGAAGGUGGUAGCGCUCCUGAAGGAAAAUCAAAUGAGCCCUUUCGACUUGCUCAUCGAUAUCCUCGACGAAUCUAAACCGGAAUAUUUCGCUUAUCGUUCCGAGUUCUAUGAAGGGAGCAACAAAAAACUGGAAGCGAUCCUCGACCAUAUCGCUGGGACUGAUACGGGAAAGCGCAAGCUGUGGGCAUGGAUGCGAUCUCAUGCCCUACAGUUUGUCCGUGAAAUCGUGGACGAAGAACUGGAUAUUGUCAAUAAAGCAAGCAUACCUUCAGGAAUCACGGUAAUCACACACUCUCAACAGCAGACGGAGGAAAUACCGUAUACUCCGUUUUCAAUGCCCCAGAAGCACCAAAUCGGUAAUAGCUUUGUGAGCAAGCCGGGGGUGUCCCCGUUGAUUGAAAUCGCAUUUAUGGUGUAUUUGUGGAAUGUGCACUCCGCUGCGUUGAAUUCAGACCAGAAACCCUCAGACACAGGCCCGCCGGGCUUCUGGAAUUGCAGCCAAGUAUGCGGACUCAUGCCUUCUCAUAAAUCCAACACUGAUGCUGGCUACUCCAGCCUCAGCGCAACGCACGAGCAAAUUUGUGCCUCAUUCCUCGGACCCAAAGGAAAGAAUCACAAAAUCCUCCAGGAUUUCUUUACUACCAUUGUUCAGGACAUGAAAGAGGCUCGAGAGAAAUUCUAUCCCGAUGAUCCAGCUUUCAUCGAUCAAGCAACUGUCCACUCUGCCACGUUUAACAAACAAAAGCACAAACUCGAAGGCUAUAUAGACUUCCUCAGCAAGAUGCUCGCGAAGCACUGUAUUCUAUUCUUCUCUCCCCGGCACAACGGCCACACGAUUUCCGACCCAUCGAUGCCCUCUAUUCUUGGUUACCUCGUUGGACUGCUCUGGAACCAGAACAACGUUACUCCGGAGGAUGCUUGGUUAUCGUUCGUCCUACGACCCGAAGCCGGCUAUCCAACCGGCGCCUGCCAUUGGAUGGGGUCACAUCACGUGCGGUGGCACUGUCGCCAACUUGGAGGUUCAUCUCUUACUCUUUCUACCUCUUUGGUCGCUUUGAUUGAUCUCAAAUUCCACCAUUUACUUAGGGUUGGUCGAAACCUCAAGUUCUAUCCAUUGUCGCUGCUGCGCGCCGUAAAGGAAGGCCGCCUCUCUAUUGUCGCAAGCACCUUUGAAGUGAACCUCUGCAAUGGGGACAAGAAGAAAAUCGUCAACUGUUCUGCCUGGGAGCUCCUCAAUCUCACCGUAGGCGAGAUUCUGGAUCUCCCUACGCGCCUCGUCGCCAAUUACGGAAUUUCCACUCAGUUCAUCGAACGCGCUGUGGCCGACUACUUAAUCGCGAAUACGGGAAAAGAAGUUCUCGAGGAGUAUUUCAAGAUCAAGGCUCCCAAGAUGGCCGUCAGCCUCGCUUGCCAUUAUUCUUGGCCAAAGGCGACCUGUAUCACUGGUAUGGGCAUGGGCAAUCUGGCCCACAUCGGCGUCGACAUCAGUGCGCGUAUGGACAUGCAUCGGUUGGAUAAGUUCUUGCGAGAAUGUUUAGAGGAAGAGACAGCUGUAUAUGCUGUGAUUUCGGUCAUGGGAACGACAGAGCAUGGAGCGGUGGAUCCUCUUCUCGACAUCAUCCAGCUCCGUGAUCGAUAUCAUAAAUUGGGUCUCUCUUUCUACGUCCAUGUCGACGCUGCUUGGGGUGGCUACUUCGCUUCGAUUGGGCCUGUCAUAAUUCCUGUCCCCGCUGACCUUCCAUCGAGCGAGGAGAUUGUCCUUCAACGGCCGCUUUCAGAAUACACCAAGAAUCAACUAUUCUCCAUCCGAUUUGCCGAUUCUUGCACUAUCGAUCCCCACAAGGCCGGGUUCGCACCUUAUCCCGCGGGAACUUUGUGCUACAGAGACGAGCGCCUGCGUUUCAUGGUCACUCUGACCGCUGCUUACAUCAACACCAACGCCGACGUUGACAGCAUUGGAGUUUAUGGUGUGGAGGGCAGGAAGCCAGGGGCUGCUGCCACGUCUGUCUGGUUAGCUCAUCAUGUCAUUGGCCUCCACCACAAGGGUUAUGGGGCUCUUCUUGGAGAAGCGAUGUAUACAUCGGCGAAAGUACGCAUAUUUUACAACUCUAACACUCCCGUAGUUAUACUGCAAUUGGGCGACUAUGACGUUGAACGAGCCCGACUUGAUCGUCAAGACCUUGUUCCAUCCGAGAGAGAUGGCCUACCCCAAUCUGCCAUCGACAAAGAAACGCAGUACAUCAUUGACAACAUCGUCAACAAGUCGAACAACGAGAUCUUGAACAACCCAGGCGUUAUGGACAAGCUCUCCGAGCUGGGCGGCGAUCUCUGCAUCAUAGUCUUUGCUUGCAACUUCCACUUGGAUGGAAAGGUCAACGAGGACGUCGCAGAAGCGAACUUCCUGAACAGACGUUUGUUCGAGCGGUUCUCUGUCACGAAGCGCCACGACGAUCCUUACACCCGCGAGCUGAUUGUUGGGUCUUCGACUUUUGAAGAGAAAACGUAUGGUCUGGCCUUGGAGAAGUACAAAGAGCGACUUGGGCUCAAAGGUUACAAAGAGCGACUUGGGCUCAAAGGUGAAGGCGAUCUUACGGUAUUGAUCCUCGCCCCGAUGUCGCCCUUUCCUACUGCACACAGCUUGGUUAAGAGCCUCGCGGAUACAUUCAAGGAAGCUGCGAAGGAGGAGAUCAAGGAAUGGGAGGCUCGUAUCUCGGUCUCUAAGGCGCAUCAUUCGUUCGUCAUGCAAGGAACGGACAAGCUCUUCCUCUCGUACAUCUCAGUGUUUCACAUUGGAAACUACCGUCAGCAAGUGGUCCUCACCGCCGAGCUUCCGGCCAACGUGAUGCGCGCCUACGCUGAACAAGUAGAGGGGGAACCAGCGACGCUGUUCACAUUGACGACCGAGAAAGCUCAGCUCUCGAAAGUCUUCUCCGCUGGGCAUUGCAAGGUGUCCAUCCACAAGGGAUUGAAGACGAAACAUUCAAAGCUCUUCUUCUCCAAUGUUCAACUUUCCAAUAUCAAAGUCGUUGUCAAUCGGUCCAUCGCUCCAAAGCACCUCGAUAAAGUCUACCCGGAGGAGAUGCCGUUCUACCUCUACGGAACUGAAGCGCAGCAGCACAUCGACCAUAUACUGCUUCAUGCUCCCAAUACUCAGCUCUCCGCCUCCCAAGUCCUGUUAACUCUUGAUAAACCAAUUUCCGCUACAAAAGCGGAAACCUGCUGAG